AUGGCGGCAGUCUCCUCAAAACCCACUCUUUAUGCCGACCUCAUGUCCCAGCCCUCGCGUGCCGUCGUGAUCUUCUGCCGCGUGCACAACCUCCCAAUUGACGUGAAGCUUGUGCGGCUGGAUAAAGGCGAGCACAGGCAGGCCUGGUACAAGGAGAUCAACCCCUUGGGCAAGGUGCCAGUCCUCGUCGACGGGGCCCUCCGGCUGCCAGAGAGCCCCGCCAUCGUUUUGUACCUCUCGGACCGCUUUGACCUUCCAAACCACUGGGCUCCCCGCUGGCCCCGCCGUGCGGCAGGCGGCGGCGGCGCUUCCGCUGCUGACUCGGAGGCGGCGGCCGCGGCGCGCGCGGCGCGCUUCCACUCAGCGCUGAGCUGGCAGGGCUCGUCACUGCGCGGCGGCGCGAUGCAGCUGCUGAUGCACCGUGUCGUUGGGCGCGUCUUCGGGGCGCCGAUGGUGCCGGAGGUUGCGGCAAAUGGCUUGAUGCAGCUGAAAGCGUCCUUGAGAGACCUGGAUCACUAUUGGCUGGACGGCGGCCGCAGCGGCUUUUUGGCGGGCGACGAGAUCAGCGCCGCGGACUUGUUGGCGGCCUGUGAGCUGGAGCAGCUCAGGCUGCUUGCCGGCGACCCUGCGGGUGGCCCUGGAAUGGAGCAGAUGCUGGCCGGCUUCCCUGCAGUCCGGGCCUGGCUCGAGCGCGUGCGCAGCGCCUGCCAUCCAAACUAUGAUGAGGUGCACGCCGUGCUGCAGGCCGCCGUGGCGGCCAUGGCAAAGCGCGCUGCAACUGCCUCCGCCGCCGCCGAAGCUAAGCUCUGA